UGUUUAUGAAACCUCCCAGUGGGCAAUGGCUCAACUUCAUUCCCGUUCUCGGCCGUCAGCUCCCUCUUUACCUUCCUCAUGCUCUCACCCAGACUUCAGCCAGGGGACAGUGAGGUCGGCAGAUGCUGAAGAUCACAGGCUUCCGACAGGUCCGCCCCGCUGCUAGCUCCACCCAUCUUUCAGUCCUAUUGGUUGGAGGACCAGCUGCCAAUCGGUCCUCCAGCCCCGCCCACCUCCGCCCCCCCCCGCCGGUCGGAGCCACCUUCCAGCGCGCGGGAUCCCCAGUGUGACCAGGGGCGCGCGCUGGACCUGCGGCCGCGCGGAAUUGCGCAGCGACUGAAAUCCCACAGGGUGGGCGGAGAGGCUGCAGGAAGACCCUCCGGAGAGCCGACACGAGAUGCCAAACGGUGCAUGCGCCCUAGACUUCUGGCGCCCCCACGAUGUGAGCAGGACGCCCACGUCCAUGAGCCCAGAGAGACAAUAACUUCCUCAUUGAGGUUUAUGAUUCGCGCUCUGCACCCACACACACACGGUAUGGAGAAAUGAAUCCAGCCGGCGUACAGCGAGGGAGUAAAACUGGAACUGGGAGAUGCUACAAAUGCUGGGUUUACAUUUCAGCAGCGGAAUGCGGGAAGAGUAUGGUUUGCAGACCAACAUCUCUGAGAAACAAGCUGGGUAAUAGGAGGAGGGGAAUUUACAAACAGAAAGCUGAAACCCAAUAUCACGUGGAGGUUUGACAACGUCACUCAAUUCCUUCCGAUCAGACUUUGAAUGUACACAGAUUGUUCUGUCUUUUGGGAGAACUGGGAAAGCACUGACUGGAACAAGUACGAACAUUGCACUUAAGCAUUGCGUGUGUGGGAAGAAUCUUUAUCUGGUUGUCCAACCCGGCCAGUAACGUUGACACCAUGAAAAAACAAUGGAAAUGUGAGGAUUGUGGUAAAGGAUUCAAAUAUUCAUGCCGGCUGGAAAGUCAUCGCCGGAGUCACACUGGGGAGAAACCCUACAUUUGUUCCAUGUGUGGAAAGAGAUUUACUCAAACAAUGUCCCUGAUGUCACACCAGCGAAUUCACACCGAGGAGAGGCCCUACAGCUGCACUCACUGUGGGAAGAGGUUCCGGUAUUCUUCCACCCUCACUGCACACCAGCGCAUCCACACAGGGGAGAGACCGUUCACCUGCUCAGUGUGUGGGAAGGGAUUUACCCAGUCAUUUGUUUUGGUGAGGCACCAGAGAGUUCACACUGGGGAGCGACCGUUCAGCUGCUCCGUUUGUGGGAAGGGAUUUGCUCGGUUAUGCAGCCUCCAGUCACAUCACCGAGUUCACGGAUCCGAGGGGAUGCCGUUCAGUUGCACUUCCUGCGGAAAAAGGUUCAGGCAUUCUUCCACACUCACAGCACACCAGCGCACGCACACUGGGGAGAGGCCCUAUAUCUGCGCCGUGUGUGGGAAGGGCUUCACUCAGUCGCGGUACUUACUGACGCACCAGCGAAUUCACACUGGGGAGAGACCGUUCACCUGUUCUGUGUGCGGGAAGUCAUUCACUCAGUCCUCUCACCUGCUGUCACACCAGCGAAAUCACACGCAGGAGUGUCCAUUCAGCUGCGCUUCCUGUGGGAAAAGGUUCAAGCAUUCUUCCACUCUCGCAGUGCACCAGAGAAUCCACACUGGGGAGAAGCCCUUCCCCUGCACUUACUGUGGGAAAAGGUUCAACAGUUCAUCCACCCUCACUGCACACCAGAGGAUUCACACCGGGGAAAAGCCAUUCACUUGCUCUGUCUGUGAGAAGAGGUUCAGUCAGUCCUUCGACCUGGUGAGGCACCAGCGAGUUCACACUGGUGAUAGACCGUUCACUUGCCCUGUGUGUGGCAAGGGAUUUGCUCGGUUAUUUGGACUCCAGUCACACCACAGAAUCCACACGACAGUGAAUACAUAAAUGGCUGGACUUUAAUAUUCUGGAUACGAUGCUGAUUUUUGGGACUGUGGUCUCUCUGUUAAUGUGAUAUGUGGUCUUUCCCUUUGAUGCGAUAACUCUCAGCUGAAACUCAAUUACAAUAAAAUGAUCAACUUUCACUUCUUUCCUAUACUGACCUUUGCACAAUCUGCAAUUCAUUUGCUGAAAGAUUCCACUGAUGAAUACUUGCAGUGUGAGAGUGCUGAUUAAUCGUUGCUGACUUGUUACAUUCUUACACUGCGCACCUUCUGCGUGAAAUAAAAUUGAAGAAAAUGAAACAAAAUAGUUUACAGACUAAACAGUAAAAAGCUUCAUCAAUCAACACUGGCAUUGAAGAAGUUUGGAAGUGAUGAGUUCAAUGAUUUAAGACAACAGCAGCAACAUUUGGUGAAGGAAAAGCAGAAUAAAGACUUGAUCUGCUCAGCAGAAGCGACAUCUGUCAUUGAAGAGCAAAACCUGUCUGAUAACACUAAUAUUAAUGUAUUCAUAGUGAAGAGAAGCCAUAAAACCUACUCCGUGUGUGUGAAAUCUAAAUUCAUUCAGUCACCCGAUCUGUGAAGAUAGUCAGGUUCAAUUCCCAUCCUGUCUGAGGUCACCAUAAAAGUCCCAUCUUGUUCACCUCUCCCCUGAGGCCACCCUAAGAUUUAACCACCACCAGUCAUCUCUUGCUCUACUGAGAGAGCAGCCCAGUAAUCAUCUGGGACUAUGGUGACUUUAUCUAUCGUCUGUAAGAACAAUGUUUUUGUGUGUUAGGAUCGUGUGUUCGAAUUGUGAUCUUUGAAGGUGUGUUGUUCUAGGGGGUAGAAUCUGAUGUCAUGCUGUGAACUAUCAUGUACUUGUUCCAAACAGUGAGGCAGUGGAUAUGCUGGUGUUAUUUGUAAUCACAGAGGAAUUUAUGUACGCCAAUGAACAGACCUGAGAUUUGAGAAAGAGCUGCCUGACCAUGCAGUGAGGUGACCCGAGACAGUUCUGAAACAAAUUGUCUCAAAAUGCUUGGUGCAGUGGAGAAUCCAACAAAGGAACGACAACAGGAACAAAAAUCAAGAAUGUUGGAAACUAAUUGAAAAAGUACAAAGGAAAUAAUUUUGUUCUGCUAUCCUGAUCUGAGAUUGGAAGUUUGCGGCUGGUUUUGUUCUGUAAUUCACUGCCUGAAUUUGACCUUUAAUCUAAGUGUUUCUCCUAAUAAAGCUGCUCCAUAAUUGAAUGUUAUUGCAAUCUCAGAUCCUGUUCUCAGCAAGAGAUUCAUU